CUCCGCAUUAAAGGCCUUCACAGCUUCCAUUUUAUUCUAAUAUUGCUUCGUGUAGAUAAAACCAAGACACAACACUAGCACUCGUUAAAAGUUCAUCUUAAAUUGUUUAAUAAUACACACUUUUUUACAAAAAUCAAAAAAUUAUUGUGGAAAAGUCGCCAUCUUGAGGGGACUUGGGAUGUGCGAUUUCUUCAAAUGACAAUGUCAGGUGUCAAAAAAGUGACUGGUGACAUUUCUUGUGACGUGUAGUUGGCUUUGGGAUUUACUUUUUAUUCAAUAAUUUGUAAAAAAAAUACGAGAAAAUGCAACAGAAAGGCAAUAAUUUUACCAUCAAUUAAUUGCAAAAUGACUAAACAAUUAUUAUUUAAUGCAAAUAGAAAUAACUAAACUUUCGUCCGACGUUGCCAAAGUUAUUUGUUGCUAACUUCAUACUAAUCGUACGUAACCCUAUGACAUAACAUAACCUCACAAAAAGUUUUGAACUUUGCUGUGCUAGGAGGCCACAAGCAGGAAAAUGUAUUAAUUUAAAUUAAAAAUGCACUAAUUAACUGUAAGUUUGCUAAAUAAUUUAAUCAUUAUCACACUCUUAAAUAUGGGCCGAGCAAUUUCCAAAAUAAAGCACCCGUUCAGGGAUUUCAAUGUGGAAAGUAGGGCGCAGAAAGUUAUAAGCCAACCUACACCGAAACCUGCCCCGAAACACCUUAAAGACGCAUUGGAUUUAAAAAGAAUGAAAGAAGCAUUCCCUGAGGUCUUCGAAGAGAGUUUGAAGAAAAACGAAACCUUAGAUAAACAUUUGAAAGAUGUUUUUGUAACACGCACAGAUGUUCCGUUUCAACCGCAACAACCUAUCAACCCUUCAAGACCCUUGCCACAAGACAAAUCUCAACCAGAACAAUUUUUAUUCGGUCACAAAGAGCCUGAUGAUGAUAAAAUUCCUUUGGGCAAGACAACAUUGAGAAACACUUUAAAAUUUAUUUCGCAACAUCAAAAAGAUCCUACAAAAUAUGAUGCUGAUUUUAUUGCAAAGGAACAUAAGUUACCAAAAGAAAUAGUUGAAAAAAUUCUUCUUUACUAUAGGGUGUUUGAAAUGUAUGUGCCGGAAUAUGCAGAACAUACUACUAAAGCCAAAUUUGCUGGCCCCAGUGUUCCUAAAAAGUUUGUUCUUAAAGAUGUUGGGAGAAAAUACUUGGGACCGCCAAAACACAAAGAUAAUACCUGAUAAUUAUUUAUUAACUUUCUAGUUGAAUUUUAAUUUUUUUCUGUUUUGAGCAAUAUUGUGAUUAUUUGUUGAGGAAAAUAUAUUUAGAAAGACAAAACAUUUUUGCGUACAAAGUUGUUUAUUGCCUAAUUAAAAGAUUUGUUUAGGCUAUUUUGUCCCAUCUCCAUAUGGUACCAUCGUCGCAGACAUAUAGAAGAAUAUUUUUGCUGAGAGUUGUUUGUCUGAUGGCAGUGGUACAUCUAGGAUGUUGCAGGGUGUGGCAUUUUGCUUGAGCCGGGUCGGGAACGUCCAAAUCCCAUACAAAUACUUUGCCC